AUGUUGAAAAAAUAUAAGCUUCUCCCAAGCAAAAAUCGUGUGUUGUGUGAUGGACGUUGUAUAAUUGCUCGUGAUGUUAACAUAUUUAUAUUUGCAUUACUUUUAAUUAUUGUGACAAGUAGCUUGUUUUUUGCAUUUGACUGUCGUUAUUUGAGUCUGCGCUUAUCGCCUGCUAUUCCUGUUAUUGGUGGAUUAUUGUUUAUUUUUGUCAUCUCUGUUAUGUUUCGUGUUGCUUGUUCCGAUCCAGGAAUUAUACCCAGAGCCACGCCAGAGGAAGUUAUCUAUCUUGAAAAAUCAGACAUGUCCAAUAGUCCUCAAAGUGUCUCCCUGGCAAGUCGAAUUGUCGAAGUGCAAGUUAAUGGUCAAACUAUUCAGCUAAAAUUCUGUCAAACGUGUAAAAUGUAUCGACCACCGAGAACGUCACAUUGCUCAAUUUGUGACAAUUGUGUUGCGUGCUUUGAUCAUCAUUGUCCUUGGAUAGCGAAUUGCAUUGGCAAACGAAAUUAUCGUUAUUUUUAUUUAUUUUUAUUAUCUUUAGCCAUUUUGUGUUUAUACAUCUUUGCAUUCAAUGUGACAAAUGUUGUUUUACGAUCUCAGGAAAAAAACACAUUUAUCGAUGCAAUUAAAGACACGCCAGCUACCAUGGUCGAAGCCAUCAUAUGCUUUUUUAGUGUUUGGAGUAUAUUUGGAUUAUGUGGAUAUCAUUCCUAUUUGCUUAUGAGAGGAGUAACAACUAAUGAAGAUGUAAAAAUUAUUAAAGAUACAUGGAAUAGAUCCGAACGUUUGAGACCAAAUCCGUUUUCAUCAGGAAAUCCCAUUCGUAAUUGCUUUAGUUCAUUAUGUGGUCCAGUCUCUCCGAGUUUACUUGACCUACGAGGAACAGUUCGACCAGAAAAUCAAACUUCAUCAACUCUUGCAACAAACGGUACAACCGUACUUUAUAAGCCAAAUGAUAAUGACUUCAACGACAAUAUAUCAUUAACAAUGUCGAAAACGAAAGAUAAACGACAAAAGAAAAGUAAAACAACAACAGCAAUGUCCAAAAAGCCAGCGAGUCAACAUAGUUUAUCGCUAAAAAAUCGUUCAACAAAAUCUUCGUCAACAAUGCGUGAUAAAUCUACUGUUAAACGUUUGCAAAUGUAUCGAGGUGGAAAGCCAACGCGAGAUUCGUCUGGAAGAAUAACAAAACAAGCUUUAUUUCAAGAACGUUUAGCAUCGGGAACAAACGCCCGUGUAGCACCAAAUCGUCAAUGGUUUAACAAUAGUCGUGUUGUGACACAAUCAUCUUUACAAAAAUUUCAGUCUGCUUUAAAAAAUGUGGUUAAUGAUCCAUAUCAAAUUGUUAUGAAACAAACAAAAUUACCCAUAACAUUACUGAAUGAAAAACAAAAACAAAAACGUGUUCAUAUCCUUGAUGUUGAAUCGUAUGAAAAAACAUUUGGUCCAAAAGCACAACGAAAACGAAUAAAUACAUUUGAAGAUAUGGAAUCAUUAAUGGACCAUUGUCAAAAAAGACAAGACGAAUAUCAGCAGGAUAAAGAUCAAGAUUUGAUGAAAGAAUCAGAUGGUGUAAAAGAUGAACCAUUGUAUCCAUUGUUUCGAGCUGGUCAAAGUAAACGAAUAUGGAAAGAAUUAUAUAAAGUAAUUGAUUCAUCGGAUGUUGUUAUACAAGUAUUGGAUGCUCGUAAUCCAGAAGGGACACGAUGUAAACAAGUUGAAGCAUAUUUAAAGAAAGAUAAAGCGUAUAAACAUUUGAUAUUUAUAUUGAACAAAUGUGAUUUAGUACCAAUAUGGGUGACAAGACGAUGGAUUGCUCUUCUUUCUGCAGAAUAUCCAACGUUAGCAUUUCAUGCUAGUAUGAGAAAAGCAUUCGGUAAAAAUGCUCUCAUUCAACUAUUACGACAAUUUGGUAAAUUACAUGAAGAUAAAAAACAAAUAUCCGUAGGUUUUAUUGGUUAUCCAAAUGUUGGAAAAUCAUCUGUGAUAAAUACAUUACGUUCAAAGAAAGUAUGCAAUGUUGCUCCUAUCGCCGGUGAAACAAAAGUAUGGCAAUAUAUAACAUUAAUGAAACGUAUUUAUUUGAUUGAUUGUCCAGGAAUUGUCUAUCCAUCAUCAAAUGAUAGUGAAACAGAGAUUGUUCUUAAAGGUGUUGUUCGAGUUGAAAAUGUUCCACAACCACAACAAUAUAUAGCCGAAUUAUUAAAUCGCGUACAAAAACAAUAUUUAUUAAAUACAUAUCGUAUCGCAGAUUUUGCAAAUGAUGAAGAUUUUUUAGAAAAAUUAGCACGAAAAAGUGGAAAAUUAUUAAGAGGUGGAGAACCCGAUAUUCAAACGGUAUCUAAAAUGGUAUUAAAUGAUUUUCAACGUGGUCGUCUACCACAUUUUGUUAAGCCACCUGGAGACGAUGAAAAAAUUGAUGUACCAAAAACUGAUACUACGAACAAUGAUAACAUAAUAGUUCAACAAGAUUUUUCAGAUUUAGAAGUCAGUGUAAAAACAGCAGAGGAUGAAAUAAUUGAUAUUGACUUGACUGGCGACAUAGCUCAAUCCGAUGCAGUAUCAUUAAACGAUGACGAUGACAUUGUACAAGAAAAAGAAGAACGGGAAAGUGUACCAUUAUCAUCAAAAGAACAAGAUAGUGUACCAUUAUCAUCAAAAGAACGUCGUCGUAUACAGAAUUUAUCUAAACGUAAAAAAAUGGGUUCUGAUUUUUAUUCUACUCAUGAUGCUAAAAAUCGACAAGGAAAGAAACAGAAAUCAACUGGUAAUCAUAAUUAUCCAAUGCAGAAAAAGUUAAAAAAAUCUUAA